UCAUCCAUCUUUUUUUAUCACCAUUGCUUCUUGCUUGGCAAUAAAAUUACGUUACUAUUAAUUAUUGGAGUUGUUUUUCAAUUACUAAGUACAUAUAUUUAUUUUAUAAAUAAUUUUCCUAUAUUUUAACAAAAUAUAAAGAUGGCACGGGACAGAAGUCCAGAUCGCAGACGAUCUCGAUCGAGGGAAAGGCGUGAGAGAGAUCGUUACGACGACCGUGAUACACACCGUGAAAAAACCAAGAGAAGAGAUAAAUCCAGAAGCCCUAGAAAAGAACGGGACCGAUCUCGGAGCCCUAUGAAGAAAGACAGGGAGCGUUCGAGGAGUCCAUCUCGUAAAGAACGCGGACGCUCGCGGAGCCCAAAGAAACGUGAUGGUAAAGAAAGACGACUCGACGAUAAGGAUAGAAAUAGAAGCAGGAAAGAUGACGAAAAUAAACAGGAAGACGAGGAAAUAAAAGAAGUAAAAAAAGAUGAACAGAAACCAGUAAAACGUGAACCACUUUCUCUAGAAGAAUUGCUUGCUAAGAAAAAAGCUGAGGAAGAGGCUCGAAGUAAACCUGUGUUUUUGACGAAAGAGCAAAGAGCAGCAUUGGCUUUAGAGAAAAGACGGGAACAAGUGGCGGCUAUGAGGGCCAAUAUUGAUAGGCCAGAGAUAACUACUAUAGACCUUACAGGGCCCAGUAAAAAAGAGGAAGACAAAAAGUACAAAGAAGAUCGUGAGAGGGAGAGAGAUAGACGGAUGGAAGAAAAGGAAAGAGAAAGGGAGAGAAAAUAUGAAGAUAGAAAAUCUGGUAAUGAUCGUCGUGAAGACAAGAAAGAUAAGAGUGAAGAUUUCUCCAAAACUAAAGACAAGGAGCGUGAAGAAGAAGCUAUAAAGGCAAGGUAUUUGGGCAUUAUAAAGAAGAAACGUCGUGUCAGACGAUUGAAUGAUAGAAAAUUUGUGUUUGAUUGGGAUGCAUCAGAAGAUACGUCAAAUGAUUAUAACACAUUAUACAAGGAGAGACAUCAAGUACAGUUCUUUGGACGUGGCCACAUAGCUGGCAUUGACAUUAAAUCUCAAAAGAAAGAUCACAGCAAAUUCUAUGGCAAUCUAUUGGAGAAGCGAAGAACAGAGCUUGAGAAAGAACAAGAGAAAUUGCGCCUUAAAAAAGUUAAAAAGAAGGAGGAUAAGCAAAAGUGGGAUGACCGCCAUUGGUCUGAGAAAGAUCAGGACGAGAUGACUGAAAGGGAUUGGCGAAUUUUCAGGGAAGAUUACAACAUCACUAUCAAAGGUGGUAAAAUCCCCAAUCCCAUUCGGUCAUGGAAGGAAGCUGGCUUCCACAGUGAUAUAAUGGAUAUAAUCAAUAAAGUAGGGUAUAAAAGUCCUACCCCUAUUCAGAGGCAAGCUAUUCCAAUUGGUCUGCAGAAUAGAGAUAUUAUUGGUGUUGCUGAAACUGGUUCUGGUAAAACCUUGGCCUUCCUCAUACCACUUCUCACUUGGAUUCAGUCACUACCUAAAAAUGAGAGGUUGGAGGAUGCGGAUCAAGGGCCUUACGCCAUCAUAUUGGCUCCAACCCGUGAGUUGGCUCAACAGAUUGAAGAGGAGACAAAUAAAUUUGGUAUUCCUCUAGGCAUUACGUCAGUGGUUGUUGUCGGUGGUCUGUCUCGAGAAGAACAAGGUUUCAAACUGAGAUUGGGCUGUGAAAUUGUUAUAGCCACCCCUGGCCGUCUCAUAGAUGUUCUUGAAAACAGAUACCUAGUUCUGAACAGAUGCACUUAUGUAGUAUUGGAUGAAGCUGAUCGUAUGAUUGACAUGGGUUUUGAACCUGAUGUCCAGAAAAUUCUGGAAUACAUGCCUGUUUCAAACAUCAAGCCUGAUACAGACGCAGCAGAAGAUGCAUCAGUAUUACUAGCAAACUACAACACAAAGAAAAAGUACAGACAAACUGUGAUGUUUACAGCAACUAUGCCUCCCGCAGUGGAGCGUCUAGCUAGGAGCUACCUUAGAAGGCCUGCCAUAGUCUACAUUGGUUCCGUAGGCAAACCUGUCGACAGGACAGAACAAGUUGUAUUCAUGAUUGGUGAGAAUGAGAAACGUAGGAAGCUUACAGAAAUUCUGCAACGUGGAGUGGAGCCACCUAUCAUUAUAUUCGUCAAUCAAAAGAGAGGUGCAGAUGUUCUUGCAAAGGGUUUGGAGAAAUUGGGCUUCAAUGCUUGUACCUUGCAUGGUGGUAAAGGGCAAGAACAGCGUGACUUUGCAUUGGCUAGUCUCAAAAAUGGUUCAAAGGAUAUCCUAGUGGCUACUGAUGUCGCCGGUCGUGGUAUCGAUAUCAAGGAUGUCAGUAUGGUCAUCAAUUAUGAUAUGGCGAAGACUAUAGAGGAUUACACUCAUCGCAUUGGUCGUACAGGACGUGCCGGUAAGACUGGUAAAGCUUUGUCAUUUGUCACUAAAGAGGAUUCGGCGCUGUUCUAUGACCUGAAGCAAGUUUUGCUUGCAAGCUCCGUAUCGACCUGUCCACCAGAACUAAUGAAUCACCCAGAGGCUCAACACAAGCCAGGCACAGUUGUCACUAAGAAGAGGAGGGAAGAAAUGAUAUUUGCUUAGUUUUGUAUUUCUGACAGGAUAAAACAAUACUUAUAAUUUCAUAAUUGAAGUCUGUUGUUUCAUGCCAUUUGGCCCUAUGAUUUAAUACUAGAUAUAAUAGAGGACUUGUCAGAAAAAUACCUACUCAAGUUAUGAUUAAGUGAAUAUGAGUUAUGUGAAAGGUAAUUAAAAAUCACAUAGAAAAAUAUACAUUUUAUUUAA